UUCUUUUGCCUGUGAUUUAAUAUUCAUUUUUUCUAAGUUAUGAUUUAACUUUAAUUUUUUAGUAAGCUUCUUUACUUGAUUUACGUAUAAAUCGAAAGUAUUUAAUUUAAUAUGCAAAUCGACGAAGGUUAAAAAAGACGCAUAAUUUGGUAGGGCACUAAAAUUCCUACAUUCAUCCAUGGGCUGUACUCAGUAUUUUCAAUUGCUCACCCCAUCAGUCAAAAGGAGAGAGAAAAAGCAAAAAGGGCAAAUUCAAAGAAACAAACAUGCAACAUCAUAAUCGUCAUUUGCUCUAAAUAUAAUAGUAAUAGUUUUCGUCGGUAACGUUUGUCGAGUGGGGUUGGCUUGGAAUUGUUAAAGAUUGCAACUUUAUUCCAAGUACAUUUGCAUUCUGGAGAGAAGAUGGGUUUGUUGACAAACAGAGUGGAGAGAAGUGAGAUCAAAGCAGGAGACCACAUCUAUACUUACAGAGCUGUCUUUGCUUACUCCCACCAUGGUAUUUUCGUUGGUGGAAGCAAAGUGGUUCAUUUUACACGGGUCAAGGGCUCUUCUGAUGCUGCUGAUGAAAUAUCAGGCCUUUCUUCAUCCUGUCCAAUCUUUCCAGAUUGUGGAUUUAGGCUUCCUAACAGUGGUGUUGUACUUUCUUGUCUGAAUUGCUUUCUCGGCAAUGGUUCACUCUACAGCUUUGAAUAUGGAGUAAGCCCCUCCAUUUUCCUUUCCAAAGUGCGAGGGGGAACUUGCACUACUGCUGUGUCAGAUCCUCCGGAGAUGGUUAUCCACCGAGCAAUGCAUCUUCUCCAGAAUGGAUUUGGCAACUAUGAUGUGUUCCAAAACAACUGUGAGGACUUUGCGUUGUAUUGCAAAACAGGUCUUCUGACACUUGAUAGAUUGGGAUUUGGAAGAAGUGGACAAGCUUCUUCUGUUGUUGGUGCUCCUUUAGCUGCACUUCUUUCCUCCCCUCUGAAGUUUCUAAUUCCUAGUCCCGUCGGCGUGGCCACUGUUACUGCAGGAAUGUACUGUAUGAGCAGAUAUGCUACUGACAUUGGUGUUCGAAGUGAUGUCAUAAAGGUUGCAGUCGAAGACUUAGCUGUAAACCUUGGCUGGGGAAGCAGCAAUGAAGGAGCUAUUGUGGAACAUGAUGAUUCUGAUCACAUAAUUGACAGGUGACAUCAUUCUCAUUGUAUUUCGUAGGAAAUGCUAUUGGUGUUGUAUUGAUUUGUGAUAAGACUUCUUAUCUUAAGAAUUCUGGUCCAGGAACUGCCAUUUGGCUGUCCAUAUGUGUCACCAUAUCCGAUGUAUAUUGAAAAUAAGUUAUUGGUAUUAGUUUGUUA